GAUGCAUAUCCAAAUCCGCCAAAGACUAAUUUAAGCAGCUGUCGGAACUCAGAAGGCAACUCGCCAGGCAAAAUGGCAAUGGUUGUGCAGUUACUGAGGAGCGGAGCGCUAAACAAAUGUAAUAUAGUACCUACGUAUCAGGUUGUUAGAAAAUAUUGGAACAAGGACUGGAAGCCUGGGCCGUACCCUCAGACACAAAAGGAGCGUGAAGAGGCGGCCAAGAAGUACGGGCUGAGGCCGGACCAGUACGAGCCCUACCCGGAUGACGGCAUGGGCUACGGGGACUACCCUAAGCUGCCAGAGGUCUCGGGCGAGAGCCGCGACCCUUACUACCCCUGGGAUUUCCCGGAGCACAAGAGGAACUACAAUGAGCCUCUGCACGUAGAGUUUGACAUGUUCGGGGAGGACCGAUACGACGUUUCUGGAAGACCGCGUUUUACGGCAACGCAGCAGGCGCUGGCCUUUGUCGGGGUCGUCGGUGGAUUCUUUGGGCUGUACUACCUGCUGGAUGACUACAAGAUGUUCAGACCUGUGUUGGCGAAGCAGCUACCGGCCCCGGGAGUGGUCCACUACACAUUCGAGCCAGCUGAGUGACUGCAGGCGACCUCGUAGAUCUGCCGGUGCAGUUUCUGGGAGUUAGCUGUGGCAGAUGUGUGGACUGAUACUUUUUCUGUAUAGGGUAGCUGUAGUGAAACAUGUCAGGUCGGUUACAUUUGCACUGUUAAAUAUAUUGCCCCCUUAACUGUGACGGAUCCAUCUGGUUUAUUCUCCGGCCACAGCAAGGUGAUUCCUGCCACAGCCACCUCUGUCACUUGUGAAUAAGUAUGAAAUACAGUGACACUCAGUAAAUGAUAUCUUGAUUGUGAACAGUUUACAUGAUUUCAGCUGGUGCACAGACUACCUGUUAUGUAAAUAAUGUUUCACAAUGGAAAAAAGUUCUGUACUGUGUGUUUAUUCGAGGUGGAUCAAAAGAGUUGUAAAUGAUAUUGUAAAACAAAUUAAACUAGAAGCUUCUGUUUGACAUCAA